ACUGAAGCUGGUAGGAUACGUGUAAUUGCUGUCUGAAAAUGGCUGAGAAGAAGCAGAACAGCAGUUCCAGCACAAAUCUGCUUUUCUCCACGGCUCCGGAGUUUAACUUCAGCGUACCGUUUAUUCCUGUCAGUCAAGCCACCGCGCCUGCGGUGCUUUCGGGAGAGGAUUCUGCGGAUGUCGGAGAAGAGGACAGUUUCCUUGGCCAGACAUCAGAAAAUGCAGACCACCCACCUACCUUCAGCUACUUUUCUAAAUCCACAACCAGCAGUGAUCCUUUUGCCUCGAUAGGACAGCAGUGUGCUUCUCCAGCAUCUUCGGCAGGGACAGUGACCUCAGUGAGGCCGGCUGUUUCUCUGCCUUCCGUCUGCCCAGGACAAAAUGUGUACCCCACCACCUCGGCCUCUCCGUCAAACUUCGCUCAGCCCCCGGUUUCUCAGUUUGGAAAUGCAGCUUUUCCGGGCCCUCAGGCAGGGUACACCCUACCGCCGAGCAGCGUAGCCCCACCUAGUGGACAGGCUCAGCCGGCGGGAUACAACCCCUACCGCCACACUCCCUUGAGCAGCCGGGCCAACCCCUAUCUGGCUCCACCCCAGCUGCAGCAAGGCCAGGCCCAGCAGCUUCAGCAGGCAGCUUUCCUGCAGGCUCCUCCUACUGCCCCGCCCUCUCAGACAUUCCAGACUCCGCCUCCGCCGCCAUCACAGGCUCCUCCCGCUUGGAGUCACGCCCCUCCCCCUGGAGUUCACCCUGCCGGUGCCCUGGUUUCAGCCCCACCCACGAUGCCCUAUACCUACAAUGUGUAUGAGCCAGUUCAGCCCCACUGGUUCUACAGCAAGCAAGUGGAGUCCAAGGAGAUCUGGUUUCCCUUCAGCAUCAUCGACUCCAUCAAACUGGAGGAGACCUUUAACUCAGUUCAGCCAGAUCCAGAGAAUGUAGUGGUGUGUACAGAUGGGGGCCGCUACGACGUGCAGCUUUACGACAGGAUAAGAACUGCAGUGUACUGGGAAGAGGAGCCUUCAGAAGUCCGGCGCUGCUCCUGGUUUUACAAAGGAGACACAGACAGCAGGUUCAUACCUUACUCAGAAGAGUUCAGCGAAAAGCUGGAGGGAGAAUAUAAGAAAGCUGUCACCACCAAUCAGUGGCACCGGAGACUGGAAUUUCCCACUGGGGAAACUAUUGUCAUGCACAAUCCCAAGGUAAUAGUGCAGUUCCAGCCCUCAGCAAUGCCCGAUGAGUGGGGGACAACACAGGAUGGCCAGACCAGGCCCAGGGUUGUGAAGAGAGGCAUUGAUGAUGACCACGAUGACAUCCCUGAUGGAGAGCUUCGUCAGGUGGAUCACCUGGUUUUCAUGGUGCACGGAAUAGGGCCUGUCUGUGACCUCAGGUUUAGGUCGAUGGUUGAGUGCGUGGAUGACUUCCGGAGCGUCUCUCUCAAGCUGCUGCAGAGCCACUUCAAGAAGGCGCUGGAGGACCGAGCCAUCAGCCGCGUGGAGUUCCUCCCAGUUCAGUGGCACACAGCCCUGCACGGGGACGCCACUGGUGUGGACAGGCGAAUCAAGAAAAUUACGCUGCCAAGUACAGGCCGAUUGCGCCACUUCACCAAUGAGACUCUGCUGGACGUCUUAUUCUACAACAGUCCUACCUACUGCCAGACUAUUGUGGAUAAAGUGGCACUGGAACUGAAUCGACUGCAUGCGCUGUUCAUGAGCCGAAACCCAGACUUUAAAGGAGGCGUUUCAGUAGCUGGACACAGUUUAGGAUCCCUUAUUCUUUUCGACCUGUUGUCUAAUCAGAACAAUACCUCCCAGCUGCCAGCCCCUGCACUUUCCAUUCCCAAUGGUGGAAACCCUCCAGAAGCCAGCAACCUCAAACAGAUGGGGGGCUCAAACCCCGCUCUGCAGGGAAGUGAUCUGCUUGCCAGUGGUGAACUUGCAGAGGAUGUAGAGGAAGAGGAGGUUGAGGAGGAAGGAGAGGAGCUUACGAGUCUGUCUGCAGCUCUGGAGCAGCUCAGCCUCUCAGAAUAUCUCAGCACCUUUGAGAAAGAGAAGAUUGAUAUGGAGUCCCUGCUCAUGUGUACUGUGGAUGACCUGAAGGAGAUGGGAAUUCCCUUGGGGCCAAGGAAAAAACUUGCCAAGUUUGUCAAAGAAAGAGUUAGCAAGCAGGAAAGGCGAAAGGCUGCAGCAGAGAGGAAGGCAGCGGCGGAGGCGCUGAGGAAAGCCAAGCAGGAGGCCGCUCUGCAGGCCAGAGAAGAGGCGGCGGCAGCGGCUCAGCUCUCCCACUCGCAGCCAGACCCCUCCAGAAGGAGGCUCUCCGUCGGCGGCACAGUCUCUUCAAUGCAUGUGGACUACGACUACUUCGAAGUUGGCACAGGCCAACGAUCCUAUUGCUAUGAUUCGGGGUACAAAACAUUUGAGAAUGGGACUGGUCAGGUGUCUGUGGUUUACCAUUCAUUGGUCUUUGAACCGAUGAAUUUCUUUGCCUUGGGUUCCCCCAUCGGAAUGUUUCUGACUGUGCGGGGGCUGGAGAAGAUUGAAGAAAGCUACCACCUGCCCACCUGUAGGGGUUUCUUCAAUAUUUAUCACCCUCUGGACCCAGUGGCGUACAGGAUUGAACCAAUGAUUGUUCCUGACCUGGAUUUAAAGCCAGUCCUAAUUCCGCAUCACAAGGGAAGGAAGAGGCUUCAUCUGGAACUUAAAGAAAGUCUAACACGAAUGGGCUCCGAUUUGAAGCAAGGUUUCAUUAGCUCCCUGAAGAGCGCCUGGCAGACCCUGAACGAGUUUGCCCGGGCUCACACCUCCUCUCCACAGCUGCAGGCCGAGCUGGAGAAAGUGGCCAACCAAAUCAAAGAGGAGGAGGAGAAGCAGGUUGACGAAGAAAUCAAAAUGAUAGAAAGCCCAGACCAGAUAAAGGAGGAUGACCUUGCUGUGAAAAUUGGAAUGCUGAAUGGAGGGAACCGCAUUGACUAUGUCUUACAAGAGAAACCUAUCGAGAGCUUCAAUGAGUAUCUGUUUGCCCUUCAGAGCCAUUUGUGUUACUGGGAAUCUGAAGAUACUGCCUUGCUGAUUCUUAAGGAAAUCUACAAGACAAUGGGGAUUAGCCCUGAACAAUCCAUACACUGAUGACCUUAGCCAGAGAUUGUAUGCCAAAUCAUAAUAUAUUCUGCAUUUAUUUUGAAUUCCUUUUUAUCGAAAGUCAAAGCUGGUAGACUGCUUUCAAAAGUAUGAAAUGACGUUUAUGACAGGCUAGUGAUCAAGUAGCAAGAUAAAUACAACAGUAUUUGGCCAUAUGUCUUAAAUUAAGAAAACUAAACUGUGUAACGAAUUCCAGACAGGAAUACUUUGGUUUAUUCUUAAACUUUUAUAUUAUGUGAGUGAUGCAGAGAAGCUGAUGUUGGUGAUAGUUGCUUCUGAAGCUAAAAGAGAUUAAAUGGCAUGUGAGAGAAAUCAUGGACUUUUUCAAUUCAGUAUUGUUAAAAAACAAACGUAGCCAAACCUACUCUGGUUGUAGGCCACAUAUAUUCAGUCUGAAGGCACAGCAACAGUCCACAAUAAACAUUAAUUUACCAUGA